AACACUUGAUUUAAGAGACCCGGAAGAGAAUCGCGUUUUCUAGUGGUGUUGUUGUCCGGGGUCUACUGUGAGGGGUCUAUUUCAGCAGAAUAAUAUCACCCAAACCCCCAGAUAAAGACGACAAUAUUUGAACAGAGAUUAUGGAGUCUUUACCUAAAGUAAAGAAAACCACUAAACCCCGACAUGGAAAAGGUGGAAAAAACCUCCCCAGAUCCCAGAAGGAGGCUCAUGGCCGACUUCCGAAUCAGCAUCAAAACGACAAGUCACGAUCAAAGCAGCAAGCGCAGGAAGGGGAGAACGCAUGCACCUCGGAUAGCAGGUCUGUUAAUGACGUUACCCGGAGAAAAAAGGCAAAUUCCGAGUCAUCUUAUUCCAGUGAUGGCUUGCCAUCUCAGCAGAGUGGGCAGACGAGCAACACAUCCACAUGUUUGCCAGUGGACAAAGUGGGACAUCAAGCCGCACACACUGAAGACCAGGGCGAGAAUCCUGGCGCGCUUGAAAAGAAUGCCACAACAGAGUUGCAUGAGGUUGCAGAGUCCAAAAAGCUACCCUCAAAACGGCGAAAGAGGAGAAGCAAGAAAGACAUGAAAGCGAAUCUGGUGGGAUCUGAGGAAAGUGAUGCGGUACAGUUGAGCGCCCCGGAGGAACAGUCUAAGAAGAAAUCAAAAAAGAAAAAAUCAAAAGGAAAUUCAGACAAAAAAACCAAGGGGGCAUGUGGCCCUGAAUUUGAUGCAGUGGCUGCUGGGAAUACACCAAACAAAAAAGCUUCUCAGACUCCAGUUUCAAAAGAACAUUUACAUCUAAACAACAAAGAUAUGAAGACCAAAGGUGGUAAAGGGUCAAGGAGACAACUCUUCGAACAGUACAUGUCCACAGAGAGCGUGUCUGCCGCCCUGAAGAGAGGAGAACUCAUUCAAGGAGCACUGAGAAUAAAUCCUAAGAGGUAUAAAGAAGCAUAUAUCCCAUCACCGGAUGGGGCAGCUGAUAUCUUUCUGGAUGGGAUUGCAGCCCGAAACAGGUCUUUGAACGGAGAUGUUGUUGUUGUGAAAAUUCUGCCCCCCGAACAAUGGAAGGCAAUCAAUGUAGACCUAAAUGAAAGCAGUUCAGCCAAUCAGAAUCCAUCAAAGCCUCCUGAUGUCAUAGUGGAAGCCAAAUACGAUGAGGAGGGUGAGGUGAUAAAAAAGAUGGCGAGUGUCAAUCUCAGUGAUAAAGGCUCUGUUAUGACACAAUGUAAAAAUGGUACUGAAUCAAACAGUUCUGGAUCACAUUCAGAGAAAACUUUUCAAAGGACUGGAAAGGUUGUGUAUAUUGUUGAAGAGAAGCACUCCAGGGCAGCAUCAGGCUUCCUUAAAUUUCUCCCAGACAAGAAUUUUGCCAUGUUUGCCCCUGUGGACCAUCGUGUACCCAGAGUAAAUGUGCCACUAACAGACUGUCCUGAGAACUUUACCUCCAGACCUGGCGACUAUGAAAACACACUCUUCAUCUGUCGAAUCACACACUGGCCAGCAGACAGCAACUUUGCUGAAGGGCGGCUUAUGAAAUCAUUAGGACAAGCAGGUGAAAUAGAGCCAGAAACUGAAGGCAUCCUGACUGAAUAUGAUGUGGACUUCUCUGAGUUUUCAGAGGAGGUGUUGGGAUGUCUUCCUCAAGAACUGCCCUGGAGCAUCCCUCCCCGUGAGCUUUCCAGGAGAAGAGAUCUUAGAAAAGAAUGCAUUUUUACGAUUGACCCAGCUACAGCCAGAGAUUUGGAUGAUGCACUGUCCUGCAAGCAGCUGUCAGAUGGUAAUUUUGAGGUGGGUGUUCACAUAGCUGAUGUGAGUUAUUUUGUGGAGGAAGGAAACAACUUGGAUCAAAUCGCCAGCCGAAGAGCCACAAGUGUCUAUCUUGUCCAAAAGGUGAUCCCCAUGUUGCCUCGUCUUCUGUGUGAGGAGCUGUGCAGCUUGAACCCUUUGACAGAUCGUCUGACCUUCUCUGUCAUUUGGAAGCUCUCUCCAGACGGCAAGAUCCUGAGCGAAUGGUUCGGCCGAUCUGUCAUCUGUUCCUGCAUUAAGUUGAGUUACGAUCACGCUCAGAGUAUGAUCGAAGCCCCUGACAAGAGCUUCAGUGCUGACGAGCUGCCACCCUGCUCCCCGAACCACUCCAUCCAAGAGAUACAGGAGGCCGUCCUCAACUUGCACAACAUCGCCAAACAACUCCGUUCCCAGCGCUUUGAGGGCGGAGCUCUGAGACUUGACCAGUUGAAGCUGUCUUUCACUCUUGACAAGGAGUCUGGGAUGCCUCAGGGCUGUUACGUCUAUCAAUAUCGGGACAGCAACAAAUUGGUGGAAGAGUUCAUGUUGCUGGCAAACAUGGCGGUGGCCCAUCAGAUCUACCGUUCAUACCCGGACCUGGCCCUCCUCCGGAGACACCCGCCGCCUCAGAGCAAGAUGGUGAAUGACCUGCAGGAGUUCUGCGACCAGAUGGGCAUCGACAUCGACUUUUCCUCAUCCGGAGAUCUGCACCGGAGUCUGAAUGAAAACCUCGGCCAUGAUGAGUACGCCGGAGCCAGGAAGGAAGUUCUCACUCAUAUGUGCUCCAGGCCGAUGCAGAUGGCGGUGUAUUUCUGUUCUGGAGCACUGAGAGAUGAGAAGCUCUUUCGACACUACGCUCUGAACGUGCCUCUAUACACUCACUUUACUUCCCCUAUACGACGCUACGCUGAUGUCAUAGUGCACCGUCUACUGGCCGCCUCCCUCAAUUGCGGGCCGCGUUUGGGUCUCGGAGGGGAGGAUGUUCACAAACAAGCGUCGCUCUGCAAUGAUAGGAAGACUGCUUCAAAGAGAGUUCAAGAGCUGAGCUCUGAGCUCUUCUUUGGCGUCUUUGUGAAGGAGUGUGGACCGCUGGACUCUGAAGCUAUGGUCAUGGGAGUUCUGGAUCAGUCUUUUGAUGUGCUUGUGCUUCGCUAUGGAGUUCAGAAACGAAUCUACUGUAAUUCAUUAGAGGGACUGAAGACGUUCCACUUCCGUAAAGUUGGGAAGAGACCCGAGAUGAUGCUUGUUUGGAAAUCAGAUGAUCCAAGGAAGGACUCCAUACAGCAGGAGAUCUCCAUCUUCACUCUUGUGAAUGUUCAGCUGAAGGCAGAUGGAGCUCCAAUGAAAUACAGCGCUGUGCUGAAGAGACCUUCAGACAACCCUUGUUCAUAAACAUUCAUUCAUAUGAAUUAGCUUAAACACUUUUAUUUCUGCAGGUUUCAAUAAUUUCAUAACCAGAAGAGACCUAUGGUGAUUCAGGUUGCUCUUCUAUUUAUUAUAAAAGCACAGAGAUAGAAUAUCUUUUCCAUUUUAAAAGAUUCAUAUCUGAUUUUUAAUUUUGCUUACAAAUUUUAAGUGUUUAUUUGAGUUGUAAAUGUUGCAUGUUUUGUGGGAAAUUUAGCUUUAGCCUCAGGAAGUGUAAAAAGAAGUUUUAUUUUCAGGGAUGCUGCCAAAUAAUUUAACCUUGCUUCCAGUCAUUUCUCCUUUUGGAUGAAUCUUAGUUGUAAUUUUAUUUCGAUCCUGUCAGUAUGAUGUGCUUUUUACGGGACAUUAUUUUUGUAGCCUUUGCAUGAAGGAUGAUCACUUCACAAAUGGUGUUUUGUCAACUUCAGAAGUUGCAAAUAUGUUAAUGAUUAUUUUGUUUUCCCAAUGGGAAGCAUUGAUCCCUUAACGAAGAGGCUAUUUUAAUAAGUGAUUUUAUAUAAUUGUGGCUCGGCUGAGUACCAUUAAUUUUAUUUUUUAAUGUUUUGUUUAACAUGAGCUUUAAAGUCUUCUGUUGUUUACCGUUGUUUUAGGUUUUUUAAUUGUUUUUGUUCUUAAAAACACUUUAGGGGACAGAGGAGUUGUGGCUAUAUAAAGGCAUUUCACAAAUUCAGCUUGCAUAUACUGUUAUCAACUAGUUAAUGUUAUUUGAUAAAAACUGUUUUAAUGUGUAAUUUAUCUAAUUUUUAGGCAUUUAAUUUAAUGCUAAAUCUUCUGGUUAGAUUUUUUUGCACAUGGAAUCUGAUAUUAAUUGGGGGUCUCAUAAUAAAGUUAAUAUAAUAUUAGUGUUGCUGCCAACGAUUGGGCCACGUUGGAUACAGCAACUAUAUACUCAUUGAUCUAACUGUAUUUAUUUAGCCAUUUUCUUCUGUUUGCUGUCAUAUUUCAGACUUUGGGGCCGAUUACAGGAGUUUAAACAAAGCAUUGUCUGUUGGAUUUAAAAAUGGCCAUAGUAAGACAGCAGCUGUACAUGAUGUUACAUUCAUAGCAGCUCUCAUUUCAUGCUCCAGUAUUAAUGUAUAUCUGAACUGCAUAUAAAGGCUUGUGUUGUUGUCA